AAUCUGACCAGAUCGAAAAGUCAGUUUCUGACAUUCCUAUUUGCCAUUGUCCCGAACUCAACCUUCUUCUUCCUCCUAAUCACAUCAAAAUCUCUGGAAAAGAAGAUUUUAUUUUCUAUUCCAAUCAUUUUGUUAUCAAAAUAUCACAAGCCCGAACUCAGAUCCACCUUCUUCCUUCCUUGUAAUCACAAUUUCUGUAAAAUUCACAAGCUUUCUUUUUUUUUUUUUUUUAAUAGCGAUUUAAUUUGUAUGAACUUAAACAAGAUCAACAACAAAUGCAAUCCAAAACCCUAAAUUUACCUCCAGCUCUUACCCUUUUCCCAUUCCUUAAACCCCAGUCCAGAACCCUGAUUUUCUACCAAAUCUUCGUCCUAGUCAUCACCUUCUUCGCGUACGCCUCCUUCCAUGCCUCUCGAAAGCCGCCCAGUAUCGUCAAGAGCAUUCUUGGACCAACUGUUCAGUUAAAUUCUUCGAUAAUUCAAUCCAAUUUAAGCUCUAUGGAUACUGGUUGGCCUCCAUUCAAUGGUCCGGAGGGAACUCAUCGCCUUGGGGAGAUUGAUCUUGCUUUUCUUUCAGCCUAUUCGAUCGGGAUGUAUUUUGCGGGACAUGUUGGUGAUAGGAUUGAUUUGAGAUUGUUUCUUGUUUUUCGUAUGGUAGGUAGUGGUCUUUUCACUAUCAUUUUUGGGUUAGGGUAUUGGUUUGAUAUACAUUCGUUAGGAUUUUUUGUGGGUAUACAGAUUUUGUGUGGAUUGUUUCAGUCUAUAGGAUGGCCUUGUGUGGUGGCAGUUGUUGGGAAUUGGUUUGGGAAAGCAAAGAGAGGGUUGAUAAUGAGGGUAUGGAAUUCGCAUACUUCAGUAGGAAACAUUAUUGGGUCGGUUGUGGCUUCUGGUGUUUUGGAGUUUGGAUGGGGUUGGUCAUUUGCGGUGCCUGGGAUUUUGGUGAUUUUAGUUGGGGUUUUGGUGUUUUUGUUUCUCGUUGUUAGUCCUGAAGAUAUUGGAUUUGAGCCUCUAGGGAUGGAGAUUGAGAUGGCUGUGGAGGUGGAAGGAGGGGAGAACUUAGAGAAAGUGGAAUCAGAAGAAGCAGGGCUUCUUGGGAUGGAAAAUUCAGAUUCUUUGGCUGCCAUUGGAUUUCUGGAAGCUUGGAGACUACCUGGAGUGGCGCCAUUUGCUUUCUGCCUCUUCUUUUCGAAGCCAGUGGCUUACACCUUUUUAUAUUGGUUGCCCUUCUACAUUAGGCACACUGCUGUUGCAGGUGUGCAUUUGUCACACAAAACUGCUGGCAUUCUCUCUACUUUAUUUGACAUUGGCGGAGUCUUUGGCGGAAUUUCGGCUGGAUACGUAUCUGAUAUGAUUGAAGCUCGUGCAGUAACUUCAAUUGUAUUCUUGUUGUUAUCAAUUCCAGCCCUUAUUUUGUACCGACUUUAUGGGAGCCUGUCUAUGAUUAUGAACAUAGCUUUGAUGCUUCUUUCUGGUUUGCUUGUGAAUGGCCCUUACUCAUUAAUCACGACGGCUGUUGCGGCUGAUCUUGGUACCCAGGACUUAAUCAAGGGAAAUUCCCGUGCCUUGGCUACUGUCACUGCAAUUAUAGAUGGUACUGGCUCUGUUGGGGCAGCUAUUGGCCCACUUUUGGCUGGGUAUAUUUCAACAAGAGGAUGGAACAGUGUUUUUCUAAUGCUCAUUGUUUCAAUUUCCUUUGCAAGUUUACUCCUGAUUCGAGUUGCAAAAACUGAAAUUAAAAGAAAGAUGAAUGAGGGGAAAUGGGUUUCAAACAGCACAAGUGCACAUUGAUGGAUAGUCUUCUCGAGGCAUGUAUUUUUGUGUUUGUGUUGUAUAUCAUUAGAAAACUUACGUGAAUAGGAAAAAUGCAUGGAUGGAGAUGUGUUGUAGUGAUUAUGAACCUUAUUCCUUGCUCAUUUCUUUGUACACUUACAGGAGAUAAUUUAUUAAAGAUUCUUAACAUCUUUCUUUCA